CCAUCUCCUCACGCUCUCUCUCGACAAGUACUCUGGUUCUGGCUUCCAGUCCAAAACCCAGUACCUUUACGGCAAGUUCGACAUGAAACUGAAACUCGUACCGGGGAACUCUGCAGGAACAGUCACCGCCUUUUAUUUGUCGUCGCAAGGUGCAAUGCAUGAUGAGAUCGACUUGGAGUUCCUGGGCAACCUCAGCGGGGACCCCUGCGUCCUCCACACCAACGUGUACAGCCAAGGGAAGGGAAACAGAGAGCAGCAGUUCUACCUCUGGUUCGAUCCCUCCAAGCAUUUCCACACCUACUCUGUUUUGUGGAAUCCGUUCCAUAUUGUGUUCUACGUGGAUGGGAUACCGAUCAGGGAGUUCAAGGACAAGGAGUCGAUAGGGGUGGCUUACCCUAAGAGCCAGGCGAUGAGGGUUUACGGGAGCCUGUGGGACGCCGAGGACUGGGCAACGAGAGGAGGGCUGGUGAAGACAGAUUGGUCCAAGGAGCCCUUCGUCGCCGCCUUCAGGAAUUACACCGCCAAUGGCUGCUCCUGGCCGUCGUCCUCCUGCAAAGCCGACGCCUGGAUGUGGCAGCAGCUCGAUGGUGCAGGGCUGAACAAGCUGAGAUGGGCGCAAAAGAACUACAUGAUAUACAACUACUGCACUGAUACCAAAAGGUUCCCUCAGGGCCUGCCGCCUGAGUGCUCUGCAAGAUAGAUCAAUCCUUCAUAAUCGAUCUUCUUCAUACAGAGGCAUCUUAAAACCACAAAUUCCUUUACAUUAAAAUAAUAAAUUCCCAACCUUUUUUUUA